AUGUCAAAGUUUGGGCAUCUACCUCUUGCCACGUCUGGGCCACAGGAGACCAGCUUAACCGGAAAUGCGCUCCUCCGAACGCCUUACUUCAAUAAGGGCUCUGCUUUCACGAAAGAAGAACGUGACACAUUCAAGCUCCAUGGCCUCCUUCCAACGAACAUCCAGAUCCUGGACGAACAGGUUAAGCGCGCAUACGCACAGUACAAAUCUCGUCCAAGUGAUCUAGCAAAGAAUACUUUCAUGACGAGUCUCAAGGAGCAGAAUGAAGUGCUGUACUAUAGACUUAUUCUCGACCACCUCAAAGAGAUGUUUUCUGUCAUCUACACUCCCACGGAAGGCGAAGCGAUAGCUGAUUACUCCAAAAUCUUCCGACGGCCCGAAGGCUGCUUCCUCAAUAUCGACGAUGCAGACCGUGUUGAGGACGACAUGAGCCAGUGGGGUAAUCCCGAAGACAUCGAUCUGAUCGUUGUGAGCGACGGACAGCAGAUUUUGGGUAUCGGGGACCAGGGAGUGGGAGCUAUCUUGAUCAGUAUAGCUAAGCUUGUCAUCUAUACGCUAUGCGCUGGUAUACAUCCAUCGCGGACGCUGCCUGUCGUACUCGACUGCGGCACUGAUAAAAAAGAGCUUUUGGACGACGACUUGUAUCUUGGUAUGCGCAAGGAGCGAGUCAGCGGCGAAGAGUAUGACAAUUUCAUCGACAAAUUUAUCAAAGCCGCAAGGAAGCUUUAUCCGAAAGCCUAUAUCCACUUCGAGGAUUUUGGCUUGAACAACGCACGGAGAAUAUUGGAGAAGUACACACCAGAGAUCGCAUGCUUCAAUGACGAUGUUCAAGGGACUGGUUGUGUCACACUUGCGGCAGUCAUGGCGGCAUUCAAGGUGAGCGGAACCAAGUGGGAUGAGGCUCGCUUUGUGAUGUUUGGAUCUGGGACGGCCGGUACUGGUAUCGCAGACCAAAUAAAGGAUGCCAUUGUCCAGAAUACCGGUAGGUCGAAGGAAGAAGCCGGAAGCCAGAUUUGGUGCGUCGACAAGCCCGGCCUGCUUCUACAAGGCAAAAAAGACCAGCUCACUCCAGCCCAAAUGUCAUAUGCACGAGAAGACAAUGAGUGGGCAGGUAAGGACCAUGGGGAUCUGUUAUCAAUCAUCAAGGAAGUCAAACCACAUGUGCUAAUUGGCACAUCGACUAAGCCUGGUUCUUUUACAGAGGAAAUCGUCCGAGAAAUGGCCAAGCAUGUCGAGCGUCCUGUCAUCUUCCCGUUGUCGAAUCCGACAAGGCUCCACGAAGCUAAGCCGCAAGAUCUGUUUGACUGGACGGAUGGCAAAGCACUGGUCGCUACCGGCUCUCCUUUCCCGCCCGUCAAACAUAAUAGCAAAGAGUACGAUAUUUCCGAAUGCAACAACUCAGUGACAUUCCCUGGUAUCGGCCUCGGCGCGGUCCUCUCCCGUACCCGCCUUAUGACACCUCCCCUGCUCGUCGCCGCCGUCAAAGCCCUAGCCUCUGCAGCUCCGGUCCUUAAUAAUAGCGGAGCCGGUCUUCUUCCGGACGUUGAAGAUGUACGCGAUAUCAGUGUCCAAAUAGCGAAGAAUGUGAUCAAGAAAGCGGUGGAAGAGAACUUGGCACAGGAAAAGGACAUACCAACUGACGAUGCAGACUUGGAAGAAUGGAUUAGGGAACAAAUGUGGGAGGCUGAAUACCGCCCGUUGAAGCUAAUCAAGCACGACAGUGCAAAUGCACACGCUAGGGGUGAGGCAGGAACGGCGUCUGGCCAGAGAGAAGCGAAGUUUGAGCAUCAGGCUCAAUGCUAUACUUUCGGAUGA